GCGCCAGUCCCGGGGCUGCAGGGAGCGCAGCGCGCGCGGCCCGGGCCCCGGCCACCGGACACCCUACCGGACACGACCCUCCCUGGAGCUUGGACAACUGCCCACCUCGGACAUUGCACCGGACACUGCCCCCCACAGGGCUGGACACUACAACGGACACUACUUCCCAGCUCCGGACAUUGCUGCCCACCCCCCCCAGCCCUGGACUCUUUCCCCCUCCCCCUCCGGGGGCCCAGACCCGGAGCCCCCCGCAGGCUCUUAGCAAGCGACCCCUUGCACCCUAGCGCCGACACUGCCUCCUCCUUGUCCCCCUCUCCCUUCCCCUCCUCCCGCCGCAUCAUUCCCCCGCUGGGGUCGGAGCCCCGCCAGUUUCUCCGACCCCCUGCAGCUCGGCCCGGCUGCCCGCGCCCCCAUCCCCCGGCUGCUCGCCCGGAUGCCUCUCCCCGGGGGAUUGUGGUGGCUCCUCUGCUGCCGUCGAGGCUUUACUCUUCUGCACCGGGACUACGGGGACGGCGAGCUUAGCGGGGACGGGGACGAGGACGAGGACGAGGAGACCUUUGAGCUGCGGACCCCGAGUCCAGCGGGCGGCGGGAGGGGCCCCCUGGACGUGACGCUCACUCAGCCGGUGAGGAGCGGGCCGGUCUCAGACAGGCUGCAGAGCUGGGAGGAGACACGGAGCCUCAUCCCGGAGAAGGGGCCGCCUGAGGAGGACCCGGACGUCGUCGUGAAAGGUUGGCUGUACAGAGAGCCCCGCGGAGGAGGAGCUCGGCCCUGGUUGCCCCCGCGCCGGGCCUGGUUCGUGCUCACCCGGGACUCCCUGGACCAGUUCAGUAGCAGCGGGAAGGGGGCGCGGCGCCUCGGGAGCCUCGUGCUCACCAGCUUGUGCUCGGUGACCGGCCCAGAGCGCCGUCCCAAGGAGACCGGUCUGUGGUCAGUGACCGUGUCGGGCCGGAAGCACAGCGUCCGGCUCUGCUCCCCCCGCCAGGCCGAGGCCGAACGCUGGGGGGUGGCGCUGCGAGAAGUGAUCGCCUCCAAGGCGCCGCUGGAGACCCCUACCCAGCUGCUGCUUAGAGAUAUUCAGGAGAGUUGUGGGGACCCGGAGACCGUGGCCCUUAUUUACCUACGGAACCCAAUUCUGAGGCACACCAGUGGGGCCUUGUAUGCUCCACUCCUGCCCCUGCCCUACGGUGUCAGCGCCCCAGGUCCGGGCUACGCACCCUUGCGCGAGGAGGCGGUGCGGCUGUUCCUGGCGCUGCAGGCGCUGGAGGGGGCGCGGCGCCCCGGGCCCCUGAUGCAGGGUGUGCUCCAAACCUGCCGGGACCUGCCCGCGCUCCGCGACGAGCUCUUCCUGCAGCUGGCUAAGCAGACCUCGGGCCCCGCAGGGCCCCCCGGGCCCCCAGCUACCCAAGACCCCGCGGCCCUUCGGUACUGGCAGCUCCUCACCUGCAUGAGCUGCACCUUCCGGCCCGGGGGAGCUGUGCGGGGGCACCUCCUGGGGCAUCUGGAGAGGACGGAGCAGGCGCUCCCGGACACAGAACUGGCGGCCUACGCGCGCUUCAUCAGGAAAGCGCUGGGCCGGACGCGCGGCCGGGAGCUGGUGCCUUCGCUGGCAGAGAUUUCAGCGCUGAGCCGACGGCAGGAGCUCUUAUGCACCGUGCACUGUCCGGGGGCUGGUGCCUGCCCUGUGGCCAUAGACUCCCACACCACGGCGGGCGAGGUUGCUCGAGAGCUGGUGGGGCGGCUGGGCUUGGCCCGGAGCCGCAACGCAUUCGCGCUGUACGAGCAGCGAGGAGCCCAGGAGCGAGCCCUGGCUGGGGGUACUCUCAUGGCCGACGUGCUCACCAGGUUUGAGAAUUUGGCGGCGGAGGAAGCCGCGCUAGACGACUCGCCGGACUCUGGUUGGAGACUAUGUCUGCGUCUUCACGGGCCCCUGCACCCUGAGGGGCUGUCCCCAGACGGUCACGAACUGCCUUUCCUCUUUGAGCAGGCUCACGCUCUGCUGCUGCGCGGCCGGCCGCCCCCGCCCGACGACACGCUGCGCGCCCUGGCGGCGCUGCGUCUGCAGAGCCUGCACCGAGACUUCUCCCCGAGGGCGCCCCUGCCGCGCGCCGGCAGGGCGGCCGCUGUGCUGGGCGGCUGGAAGCGGCUACGGGGCAUGGGCCGAGCUGAGGCCAUGGCUGCCUACCUGGCUCUGGCGGCGCAGUGUCCAGGGUUCGGCGCUGCUCGGUAUGACGUUCUGGAGCUGAGCACGGAGCCUGGUGGGGGCACUCCACAGAAGCUAUGCCUGGGCUUGGGGGCCAAGGCCAUGUCCCUCUCCCGGCCCGGUGAGACAGAGCCCGUCCACAGUGUCAGCUAUGGCCAUGUGGCCGCCUGCCAGCUAAUGGGCCCCCACACCCUGGCACUGAGGGUGGGAGAGAGCCAGCUCCUCCUGCAGAGCCCCCAGGUGGAAGAGAUCAUGCAGCUGGUGAAUGCCUACUUGCCCAAUCCCUCCCCCGAGAGGCCUUGCAGCAGCCCUUCUCCUCCAUGCCAAGACCUGCCAGACAUCUCCCCUCCCAGCCAGCACCCGGGCCUGGACGAGCCCCAGGGACAGUCUGGUUGUUUGGGGCAGCUGCAGGACUGAGCCUGCCAAGAGGUCACGACCUCCCUUCUGCCUCCAGCCUGGACCUGGACUGCUCUGAGAUUUGAGGAAACCAUGGACCCUUUUGGCCCUGCAGGGACAGGGCGCACCCCACACCCAAGGGCUGCAAUGGGUGCAGACAAUUUUCUAGUUUGUUUCUUAAUUUAUUUGUAGAAGAGAAGCAAAAAAAAAAAAAAAAAAUCCUUAUUUACACAAA